GCAAGUCCGUCUGUCCGGCUGCUCCCACAUUCCUUCCCUGACGUUAGAGCCUGCCUCUGUGGGAUUCUAACAGACUGGAGAUCAGCGGCUCUCCAGGAACUCUCCAGGCCUCCGGGUCACACUGGGACUGCAGAGACACCCAGACUCAUAGACGGAACAGCUACUGCAUUCUUGGCCUCGCCAGUGUGAGACAGCCAUUGCGGGACUGCUCCAACAGUAUCCUGGUCGACUCACUGUCCCUUAAAAAUCCAUUCUCCCAAGAAGAGGGGACAGAAAGAAAGAUCACUUUGUAAGAAAGGCUUUGGUAUCCCAUGAACGAGCCAGCAGAACACCGAUUGGGGUGCACCAGGACUCCAGAGCCAGAUAUAAGGCUCAGAAAAAAGCACCAACUUGAUGAUACAAGGGGAGGUAAUAAUGACAGCCACCAAGGAGAUUUGGAGCCCAUUUUAGAGACAUCUGUUUGUUCUUCCUAUUAUAAAAAUAGCUCUGAGGAACUCGAGUGUAAAGAUGACAAUUCCCAGGAAGAUGAAGGGUUUAUGGGCAUGUCUCCUCUCCUACAGGCCCAUCAUGCUAUGGAGAGAAUGGAAGAGUUUGUUUGUAAGGUUUGGGAAGGUCGAUGGCGAGUAAUCCCUCAUGAUGUGCUACCAGAUUGGCUUAAGGAUAAUGAUUUCCUUCUCCAUGGACACCGACCUCCUAUGCCUUCUUUCCGGGCCUGUUUUAAGAGCAUUUUCAGAAUACACACAGAGACAGGCAACAUUUGGACACAUCUCCUAGGUUGUGUCUUCUUCCUGUGCCUGGGCAUCUUCUAUAUGUUCCGCCCAAAUAUCUCCUUCGUGGCCCCUCUGCAAGAGAAAGUGGUCUUUGGGUUGUUCUUCCUGGGAGCCAUUCUCUGCCUUUCAUUUUCAUGGCUCUUCCACACAGUCUACUGCCACUCGGAAGGGGUCUCCCGACUCUUCUCUAAAUUGGAUUACUCUGGUAUUGCUCUUCUGAUCAUGGGAAGUUUUGUUCCUUGGCUUUAUUAUUCUUUCUACUGUAACCCACAACCUUGCUUCAUCUACCUGAUUGUCAUCUGUGUGCUGGGCAUUGCAGCCAUUAUCGUCUCCCAGUGGGACAUGUUUGCCACCCCUCAGUAUCGGGGGGUCAGAGCAGGAGUAUUUGUGGGCUUAGGCCUGAGUGGAAUCAUCCCUACUCUGCACUAUGUCAUCUCAGAAGGCUUCCUGAAGGCUGCCACCAUAGGGCAGAUAGGCUGGCUAAUGCUCAUGGCUAGCCUCUACAUCACAGGAGCUGCCCUCUACGCUGCCCGCAUCCCUGAACGCUUCUUUCCUGGCAAAUGUGACAUCUGGUUCCACUCCCACCAGCUCUUCCACAUCUUUGUGGUUGCUGGCGCCUUCGUUCACUUCCAUGGCGUCUCAAACCUGCAGGAAUUCCGUUUCAUGAUUGGCGGGGGCUGCACUGAAGAGGAUGCACUGUGAAACUUCGCAGGAGCCAGGGACUAUGACCCCAAACCCAGGCCUGCAGCUCCCACAGGCCUGCUUACUGGCUGCUGGUGCCAGUGCCAGAGAAGCCCCAAAACUUGGACAGCCUCACGGGCCUUGUGAUGGCCAAAGGGCUCCAUGGGGUUCAAGACUAAGAAGAGAAAAACAAAAAAUAAAUCAUACCUCAAAGGAUGGAGUGCAUCAAUUUGGAGAAAAGGCGAAAUGGCUCAUCCCCUUACUUCCUUUUGGGCUCUACCGAUUGAAGGCAACUCUGCAAGACCCUUGCCUGACAGACUGGCUUCUGAUGUGAUCGUAUUUAUUUGUAGAAGAUGGGAACGUUGGUUGGUGGUUCUUUCUUCUCCCUUUCUCUCUCCUUAAAGCAGUGAUACAUGAGAACCGUGUGCUGGCAGAUCGUGCCGCUGGGGCUCCUCAGAACAGAGCCAAACCAGUUAGGUGAGCAUUUAUGUCCAACAAAAGGUGGAGUGUGAGUUUAGGCACUCUUUUGGGAGAACAAAGAAAUUAAUGUAAAUAAGAUUUCUAAUUUACUGUUUAAAUAAGAAUUUAUAUAAACAUUUAAAACAUAGGGGCAGGGGAGGGAGGGAGACUUUUUUAAAAGAAUGAAACAUGCAAGUACCACACACUGUUUCAAUUUUGCACAAAGUGAUGGAAGGAUGAAGUGGUAGCCCCAGAAUGCACGAUGUCUUGGUGCACCAAGGUGCCUUUCAUAGGCUGAUAACACUUGGGCCCUGCUGGGACAGAGGGUACAGCCCCAGCCCAGGGAUCUUCUAGCCACUCUCAACAGUGAGGGCUCUAGGUGUUCAGAAGGGGAGGCAAAUGAAAGGGAGUGGUGUGUGCUUUUCCAGUGAAAGCAGCACAGGCUGUUGUCAUGGCUCUAGAGAAGGCGUCAAUUGAGAGGCUGUCACAUAGGCCCUUUCUGAAGAGUGGUGGAGUAAAGAGAUGAUGAAGGGGAGGAGAUCUUCUGGGAGGGAGGGAGGGAGGGAGCAUCAGCACAGGGCCUGUCUAGUUCUUCCCUGGUGUCCUGUUUAACCAGGUGGUAGUUCUUAUCUGAAUAGAGAUGUGGCCAUUUCCCAGACCCUCUUUUUGGAGCCUUGAGCCAUUCUGCAAACUUUGCUCUCUUGAGAAUCACUGCCCUAACGAUCCUUCCUCCUGGAAAUAAAAAACUGCCCCCGCUUCUCCUCCCACCUUCUCCCUCCCACCAUAGCUCCUGGCAUGGAGCCAGUCACUAGUGAAAUUCUAAUGAAGUCAAAUAGGCAGGUAUAGAGAGCCAUCCCUACUGGGAGUGAUGGCAUUUUUCUCUGGUGCACUGUCUUGGCAAGUGUGGUAUGGCAGAACAGGUUCUUCUGUUACCGUUGGACAGAAAGUCAGCGAUAUCUACUGUGGAGUAGUUAACACUCACUGAGUGCCGUUUGCAAGGAGUGUGGUACAGAGUUGGAAAGGAAGUGGUGUGUUCCUGCUAGGUAGUCUGAUAGACUUAAGCCCAUAAUUUUGAAUUGCUGCUAGAAGACAGUUUCUCUGUCCCAGGGCUACUGUGUUAUGGGUUUUAGAGACUGGGGAUGAGUUGGGUAUGGUUUAUAGAAUUCUGAUCUUGGCUCCUAAGUGAGAAGCCAAGCAUUUGAGUCUCCAAGACUUCAGGCAGGCAUCACAUCCUGGGGCUAGUGGGUAUUGCGGUGUAACAUAGGGCCUCAAGCAUCUCAAAAAGGAUGCUUGGGAAUGUGAGAAGGUUCUAUUUAUUCAGUAGUGUUUUCUUGGUCAUUGUUGUCCUUCCGUUACCUUCAGAUCUCCAGCUGCAGCUGGGGAUCCAGGAAGGCAUCCACUGUAAAAGCUGGGAAGAACUUAUGAGUGUUUGAUUGUGGAUAAGGCCCCUACCCUAGGUAGACCAAACAGAAGACUCCGGGUGAACAACAUUGUGUCAGGCAGAGUUAGAGAACAGUGUUAAUUCCUCAAGCAGUUCAGCAGGACAAUGUCCAUCUAGAAGGAAGCUCACCUAGGUUUGUGGUAGCAACAGCACAUAUCAGAAGCCAGACUUACUCCCUGGGCCUGUACUUGGGAUAGAGUAUGAGAUGCUACCCAUGACUCUACAGAAGUAGAGGUCUCUGGGUCCAGUCAUCCCUUUCCCAAGCAGGGAGAAUCUGGUUCACCAUAGCACAAACUCUUAGGGAAAAGAAUCAACACCACUAAUGUGUCUAGUAACUUCCCUUCUGUGUGUGUGUGUGUGUGUGUGGGCACGUGUGCCCACGUGUGUCUCUGCAGCUCACUACAACAGCCUCCAUGUGCACUUGACCUGGUGCCCCCGGGAGCUCGUCAGGUUGGCACCUGAGUGCCUUACCUUCAGCAGUUUGAGGCUGGCUUGCUCUGCGCACGUGUUUCAUUUUUUUCUUGGCCCUAGGCCAGUUAGGAACCUGUACACCUUCAUUCUUUCAUCAGUAAAUAGUGGCCUUUGUCAGUAUUUCCCCUUUCUAAGUUGCUGAUGUCACAAAGCACACUUUUGGGGAUUGUAGAAGGUUGGGGUUCCAGAAAGGCAUCUAUGUAUGUGACUGUUCCAUUCACCAUGGGAUUUCCCUACUUGCUGUCUUCUCAAUUUCUCUAAUAAAAAGAGCCAAAUGGAAGAUCAA